ACUCCUCGUCUUUAUUCCUCCCUGCUCCUUCUGCCCGUGUGUUUUCGGAAAACAAAAAGGGGAUACGUUGGAAAACUCAUAUUCUCUCAGGCUGGAUUCACUCGUUUUCACCAAUGGAUGGAGUUUAUUCCCCAGCAAGCACAGUGACUUCUUAAAAACUUCACCCUCUGCUCCUGCUGCGGUCUUCAGGGUGAUGGAGCAGCGUGGGGGUGCAGAGAGCCCCGGCCUGCGGGACAGCGUCAGCCCCGAGGAGCGAGGGGAGAGCCCGGCCUCCAGCGGCGGACCCCCGCCCUGCAAGCUGAGCCGACCUGAGGUCAACGGGAGCCCGGCAGCUCUGAAAAGCCGGCAGAACGGGAACCCGCUGAGACCCCUGGGAGGGUUGAUGAUCCCGGUGUACUGUGUGGUGGAGCAUGCGGAUGUGGGUGCGACGGGGGAGUGCGAGGGACAUGGAGACCGUCACGCCGAGUUUGUGUUGGUGCAUAAGGACGUCCUCUUCACGCAGCUGGUGGAGACGGCGCUGUCCGCUCUGGGAUACUCGCACGGCUCAGCUGUACAGGCAAGUGGCAUCAUCAAAGUGGGCCGCUGGAAGCCGAUGCCCAUCCACUACCUGACGGACGCUCCGGAGGCAACGGUGGCCGACAUGCUGCUGGACGUUUACCACAUGGUCACACUGCGCAUCCUGCUGCACAGUUUCGCCCGCCUGGAGGAUCUUCCCUCAGAGCAGUGGAGCCACGCCACGGUGAGGAGUGCCCUGAAAGAGCUGCUGAGGGAGAGCAACCACAGCGCUCUUUCCAAGGAGUGUCCUCUCUCACAGAGUAUGAUCUCCGCGAUAGUGAACAGUUCCUACUACGUCAACGUCUCCACCUCUAAAUGCCAGGAGUUUGGACGCUGGUACAAGAGGUACAAGCGCAUCAAAGGUGAAUACAUUGAGAAGAUGUGGCAAGCCCAGGACAAAUCAGAUAUUAAAGUGGAGAGGGAUUUGGACCUGAGCAUCCUCACCCACCGUCCCCCGUCUCUCCUACCCUCCCCCACCCGUCUGCACAGCCCUGGCUCUCUGUCCGGUAAGAGCAACCUGGGCGACUCUCAGACCUCCACCCAGCCCCACUGUCUGCCUCACCCGGCCACCCAGCACCACCACGGGGCCCCGCUGCGUCCUCAGGGCCCGCAUCUCCUGAGCCACGGUGGCGGACUCCUGUCCCCCCAGCUUUCCCCUCAGCUGGUCCGGCAGCAGCUCGCCAUGGCGCACCUCAUCAACCAGCAGCUGGCCGUCAGCCGUCUGCUGGCGCACCAGCACCCGUCGGGAGUCAGCCAGCAGUUCCUGCACCACCCGCCCGUCUCACGCUCCUGCAAGGGCCCCGGGUCCGCCUCCGAACCCGGCCUCAACUGCUCGGGGGCUGAAGUCUCGUUCGGCAUCUACCAGCAUGUGAGGAACGAGCUGAAGAGGGCCAGCAUCUCUCAGGCGGUGUUCGCUCGCGUGGCUUUCAACCGCACACAGGGUCUGCUGUCAGAGAUCCUGCGUAAGGAGGAGGACCCCCGAUCGGCCUCUCAGUCGCUGCUCGUCAACCUGAAGGCCAUGCAGAACUUCCUGCACCUGCCCGAGGGCGAGCGAGACCGCAUCUACCAGGAGGAGAGAGAGAGGAGCACCAACUCCAACCACAACCUCCCCACCAACCACGUCUCCAACCCCAACACACACCGGCUCCCACAGACCAAGUGCGUCCUGUCUGCUGCAGAGCUGCCGCUGAAGCUCGACUCGCUGGCCAACAUCUCGUCAGGCAUCUACGACGAGAUCCAACAGGAGAUGAAGAGAGCGAAGGUCUCCCAGGCUCUGUUCGCCAAGGUGGCUGCCAACAAAAGUCAGGGCUGGCUGUGUGAGCUGCUCAGGUGGAAAGAGAGCCCGAGCCCAGAGAACCGCACCCUGUGGGAGAACCUGAGCACCAUCAGGAGGUUCCUGGCUUUACCGCUGGCCGACAGAGAUCAGGUCUACGAGGAGGAGUCCAGGCAGCAGCACAGCGACAGGCUGCACACCGUCCUGCACGUCCCAGAGCAGCAGACGCUCCACAGGCCGCCCCUGCCCCCUCUCACCUCUCCGUCUCCGGUUCAUGAGGACCCGCAGCCCCUCCCUCUGCUGGUCCUGCACAGCUCAGAGGACGGGUCUCAGAGUGGGAGAAGCCCCGGCCUCGGAGGUGGUGGUGGAGGACCAAAGAAGGCCCGGUCCCGGACGCGGAUCUCCCUGGAGGCUCUGGGCACCCUGCAGAGCUUCAUCGGGGAUGUGGGUCUGUACCCCGACCAGGAGGCCAUCCACACCCUCUCCGCACAGUUGGACCUCCCCAAACACACCAUCGUCAAGUUCUUCCAGAACCAGCGCUACAACAACAAGCACCACAACAACCAGGUCCGAGAGCCAGGCCCAGGGGAGGAGGACCGGGAGAGUUGCAGCCCCACCGAGGAGGGGGGCGUGUGCAUGGAGGAGAUCCGAGGGGAGGGUCUCUCUGCGUCUGAGGAGUCUGGAGAGGACGGGGGAGGAUCAGUGGAGGAGCCGAGAACAGAGGCAGAUGUGGAGAUGGAGAAGGAAGAAGGGGAUGAUGGGAAAGCGUCCGGGCCGGCGACAUCCACACUGUCCCCCUACAGCAGCCUGGACAGCCCCCCCUCUGCAGAGCAGCAGAGAUAACAGACUGUGAAGCCCACACACAGAUUGCCUGUGGAUAAACACACACUCAUCACCUUUACAGAGCUGAGGAUCAGAGCUCGAUAAUAUCUGAGGAGGAUAACAUAUUUAAUAAUGUCGGACUGAGAAGGGAUCAAAGACACUUCCAGUAUUUUUCUUUAUCGCUGCGUGAGGACGAGAUUUGAAACUCUGCUGAAACACUUUUCUAAGUUGGGUUCUUGAAUCUUAAAUCUUCUUAAAGGUGGUUUUCAAACUCUUCCUGCAGCACAAUCCUCUCCUCGCUCUGUCAGAGAUUUAUUAAGCACAAAGCUUCUGUACAGUUAUGGUGUGAAUAUAGUAACAGGGAGGCUGGUAUUAGAAUAUAAUAAUGAACGGAUGCUGAGAAGGGGAUUUUGCUGCAGUUUGAAUCUUCAGCCACUCUUUGAGCUCACCAGGAGUUUCAUGUUUAUUUAUGUAUGUUUAUGUCUUCUUGACGUACAUUAAGGAGGCCUUCACUGUGGGGAGUAGGAGUCCAUUAAAUGAAUCUUAUUAACAAGAUAAAGUAAAUAGCUUCUGACCACAAAGGCGGUAAGUGAGGUAUUUAGCCCGGCAAGAAUGUGUCUAAAAGUCCAAUUUAAGGGGAGAUUUUAGUCUUAAUGUGGCCCUUAAGCUCCACUGAUGCCAAAGCUAACCUACGAACCUCACAGGUGAACAUUUUCUGGUCAGAUAUUAGAAAUAGAUACGAGUUAAGUCACCUAAAGAAGCUGAAGUCAUGUAUUGGGACCCAGAUUAAACGUACUGACCGUGUGCAGUAGUACCUUGAUUAAAUAUAUAAAUCUGCUUUAUCAAAUGAGCUCUUUGUGAAACUCUCUACCCUCCUAUUAAUAUUUAUUGCUAACUUUAUAUUUACUUAAAUCUGAGUAUUAUUGUAAUUACAUUUAUUAGUUUCUGUGUAAAUGUGACCAACAAGAGAGAAGAGACUUGGAAACCUUUUUUUUUUUGGACAUUUAUGUACAUUAUGAUGUAAAUGUUGACAAUGGAUCAGAUGUGGGAAGCAACCACUGUCACUGACACUGUUUAGUGUAAAUGUGCCACAGAGGAACAGGGUAUGGAAACUCAUGAUCAGCCUCUCAGUUUGGCAAUCAUCUCCGUCCUGACCGGAGCUCAAGGAGUCUCUGAUCUGUUUCCACUUCGAUGUUUAAUCAUUGUUUGAUUCUGUUGUGGGCGGGACAUGAAAUUCUGAUAAAACUUUUAGAAAAUG